UAUUUUUAGUGGAGUAACUCUGACUUACACGACGCUAAGAAAACUGAAAAGAACUAAUGGUCGCUUGGGUCUUGUGAGAUAUGUAGUACAUCGUUACUGGAGGCUAACUCCCCCAUUGAUGUUAGUCAUAUCAUUUAUAUUCCUGCUUCCACUGAUAUCUUCUGGACCUUUUUGGAGUAAGUUUGUAGAACCGCAAAUACAAAACUGUAGAGACACCUGGUGGGCAAACAUGUUUUAUUUUAGUAACUUCGUCGGAGGAGAAAAAAUGUGUAUUACACCGUACUGGUAUCUGGCAGCUGAUAUGCAGCUCUACCUGAUAUCACCAAUCGCUCUUAUUGCUUUCUACAGGUGGCCUCGGAUUGGAAUGUGUCUUACCAUAUUUGGUGUACUAGCAUCUUGUGUUAGUAUUGGAGCAAUCACAUUUUGGAUGGACUUUACGCCAUCGAUAGUGUUUUUCGACGUUGGGAGAGUGAGAGACAUGAAUGACUACAUUCACUAUAUGCCUUACAUCCAUUUGGGUCCAUACUGUAUUGGAUUGGCCAUGGGCUAUCUGGUGCUGAAAUAUAAAGCUGUCAAGAUGAAACCCGUUACUGUGAUUGUGGGAUGGAUGGUUACUACGAUCUCAUGUGCAGCAGUGGUAUUUGGAGCUUAUGAUUGGAUAAACGAUGUCACACCAAAUGUAGUUAUUGGAAUCCUUUACGCAUCGGUUCACAGAACCGUAUUCGCCUUAGGCUUAGCUUGGAUAACCUUUGCCUCUGUGAACGGGUAUGGAGGUCCUGUGAAUGCCUUAUUAUCGUGGAAACCAUUUAUAGUCCUUGGCCGACUGACCUAUAUGACGUAUUUACUGCAUUUGUUGGUAAUAUUCGUCAUUGCAGGUUCGUGGAAGGAAAGGCAACUUUUCAGUCAAUUUGAACAGGCCUGCAAGUUCCUGGUCUACCUCGUGAUAUCAAUGGGACUCGCAUUUAUUUCCCAUCUUGUUUUGGAAAUUCCCUUUACCAAGCUGGAACGUUUCAUUCUUCCACAGCCGAAACCUCCGAAACCCGUUUCGAACGGUUGCUUGGAAAAACAGGUUGGCGAAAUGAACGGGCAUGCUUUAAAACCAACCACUGAAAAUCAAUCUUCGAGCGUUUCUGGGGAUAUUGAAAUUGUCUCAAAGUUAUAAAGAUUCAGAUAACUUUCUCGAGAUUUAUGUAAAUAUAUCAAAACUUGCUGUCAAAACAGCCGUUUAGCAUCACAAAAUAAAAUAUUGCCACAUUCACUUUUAUAUAGUUGAGAAGUUCCCUACCAAUAGCGUGUCAGUCAAUCAGUUAGGAUAAAUGAUCCUACCAAUAGCGUGUCAGUCAAUCAGUUAGGAUAGAUGAUCCUACCAAUAGCAAGUAUGUCAAUCAGUUAGGAAAGAUGAACUUACCAAUAGCAUGUCAGUCUUCUGUGUUAUGUGUUCACGAAAAUAGCAUGUUCUAUCACAAAUAAUGAAAAGAAAGUGGGUCGUAGUUAUUUCAUAGUGAAAUAUAGAUAUGUCUGCUCAAUAUCUACCGUUUUGUAAGAGUUCUUUUCAGUUUUAUAUAUAAAAAUGUAUACACUUUCAUACAAACACUUUGAAUGGGAGCUGUAAAAGUUUUGGGUGUUUUUUUGGAUAAAAAACUCUGUAAUGCCUACUCUCUUUUAACCUUACCAUUAGUUUCAGGCAUGCUUCAAAGCGAAUUCUUAGUACUAAAGUGAUUGCUUUGAAGUAGGAUCAACUGGACAGAAAUUAAGAUAAUACCAAAGUGAAUGGAAAAGUCAAAACUUGCAGUUAACUAAUCUGGGACCCUUCUUGCUAUACCAAUGUAUGGCACAUAAGUAUUUCAAAUAAGUAAACAUUUAGUCUAACGUGACUGAUCAAGUAUAUAGUCAACAAGAAGUAAAGAAAUAAAACGGAUGUAUUAGGAAAAGAUUCAUUUUAAUAUGUGCAAGUAUUUUCUACUGAACAAGAACGCUGGCUCUUUUAGAGUUCCCAAAGUGGUCGGUAAAGCUGAUCGUGACAUUGACUCCAUGGUGGCAAAAGUGGUUCGAUCCAUUAGCUGACAGUGUGUUAGUUGGUGCUCCCGGUUGACCUCUAAGGAUCGCCAUCAAGUGUGUUAGUAGGUGCUCCAGGUUGACCUCUAAGAAGCGCCAUCAAGUGUUUUAGUAGGUGCUCCAGGUUGACCUCUAAGGAGCGCCAUCAAGUGUUUUAGUAGGUGCUCCAGGUUGACCUCUAAGGAUUGCCAUCAAGUGUGUUAGUAGAUGCUCCCGGUUGACCUCUAAGGAUCGCCAUCAAGUGUGUUAGUAGAUGCUCCCGGUUGACCUCUAAGGAUCGCCAUCAAAGGCUUUUAGAUACUCCCCGUGAUGGUCACCAUGACACGCUGCAGCAGGCCUUUUACUAAAGCGAUUUAAGAACUUGCGUGACGUGAUGAGCACUUGGACAAGGUCAUGAUACUCACUGUUGACCACCAGAUGAGAAGGCAUGUUAAGGACCAGGUUGCACUGGAUAACCCACUCGCAGGUUAGAUAUCGAGAUACACAGAAUUUGAGAGUGCUGGUUUUUUAUGAAAAUUUACAGGACUGAAAAACCCAAGUCAUCUAAGUCUCUGAUAAGUCCGUAUUCGAUUAGCAAUGUAAGGUUGAAAGUCACAGCCAGUCAGAUCGUGACCUUACUUUUUCUAGGAAAAAGAUCAUUAAUCCAAGUUUAAUGUAGUUGUCACAUCUCACAGUUGGAAUGGUAUAUGCAUUACAUCCCUCUACUGCAUGAAUAUUUUUAACCUAACACACGUGGGCCUUCCGCACACCAAACUUCAGAUUCAGAGAAAGAAAAGAAUCACAGGGACUACAUUUACGACCAUUUGUGCCUCUGUAUGCUGGUGUAAUUGUUCCUGAUCUUCAGCCUAAUAGAUUAGAAUGCUCAUCCUCACGGUUAAACUGUUCAUUACAUUUCUUGAAGAAGAGGGAACUUGACUGAAUAGCGAUGUGCAUUCUCAUCUGUUUUCAAUCUCAUUCUAAGAUGUAUGACAUCAUAUUUAGUCUUUCUUGAUACUAAAACUUCAAUAGAAACACCUCGUCCCGUCAUGGCCAGGUGGUUAGGGAGCUCGACUCGCAAUCUGCGGGUCACGGGUUCGAAUCUCCAUCCCACCAAACAAGCCCGCCCUUUCAGCCGUGGGGCGUUAUAAUGAGAC